GACGAUAUCGCGCGGGCGGCGUCCUCGGCGGUCGAGCAGUAGCGUAGUGCGCGCGUACUUCAUACCGCUACAGCUAGUAACACUGAGAACUCUAUACUGGCUGCACGUACUGACGACUAUAUGCCGCCUUUCGCUAACUUGACCGCCUUCGUGCGGUUUACUGCAAUUCUAUGCUUAACGCUCACGUUGGUCCCAGCAGACUCAACCCGACAAACUUCUGCUAUAAGAUUUGGGGACUUCCCUGGUGCGGAUGUUGAACACAUGGACCGGCAGGACCGACCUUGCUGUGGCUUAUCAGCCAAUGGUCACAGCCGUGACGUCAACCGUGGGUCUCGAGAGAUUCCUUUAAAUGUCAUACGGGAGCUGAACCAAGUAUCCAAUGUUUCAGAUUUGUUUCGGAAGUUCAUGCCCGAUGUAGACUUACAUGAAGCACAACAUUUAGUUGCUACCACCUCUGGCGUCCAAACUCGUACUGCAUUGAAUUUAGAGAGAAGAUCUAAUUUAGUACCUAAAGCUUCAGGUUGUACGCCUGAGUACAGAUCGGUCAAUCUUAAAGACAAUGAUGACCCUAGCUUAUACUAUUAUCCACCAUGUACUAGAGUGAACCGGUGUGGUGGUUGCUGUGCCCACGACCUACUAGCAUGUCAACCUAUAAAAGCAGAGAUGUUGAACUUUGAGGUAAUGGUAUCGCAAUACAAUGAAGAAGGAAAAUUAGAAUAUAAAGGACGAAAAGCUAUAACGGUAGAACAGCAUUUAAAAUGUAAAUGCGAUUGCAUUGUAAAAGAAAAGGAUUGCAAUCACUUACAAGUAUAUCAUCCAAAUGAAUGUCGUUGUGUUUGUAGUAAUGAUGAAGACCAAGACAAAUGCAAUGCAGAACAAGAUAUAAAGCUAUGGAAUCCAUCUACAUGUUCGUGUCAAUGUCGGGAUGUACAAGAAUGUACUUCCGGAUUCCUGUUCGACUAUAAUUCUUGCAGGUGUGAACCUACCUUGAGAACAAAACAAAGAAAUCCGGCAUACGACAGUUUCAAUCGCAACAGAUAUAAUAUCGGGCAAUCGUAGUACAAUAUAAUGAGCAUCUCAAAUUACUUAUAAAUAUAAACUUUUGUACUAUUAUUAUUUAUUAAGUACCUUUAAGUAACUAUAAUGUUGUGAAAAUGUAAAUUGUAAAUAAUUAAUUGACAAAAAUGGUUAAUUUAUUGA